AUGGCCGACGAAGUCUAUGAGGGUGCCAUCGGCAUCGAUCUGGGUACCACUUACUCCUGCGUCGCUGUCUAUGAAGGCACAAAUGUCGAAAUCAUCGCCAACGAGCAGGGUAGCUUCACCACUCCUUCGUUCGUCUCCUUCACCGACGAAGAGCGCCUCAUCGGCGAGGCUGCUAAGAAUCAGGCGGCCAUGAACCCCGAAAACACAGUCUUUGAUGUCAAGCGAUUGAUCGGAAGACGAUUUGAUGACCCGACGGUGAAGAAGGAUAUCGAAUCGUGGCCAUUCAAGGUUGUCGACCAGGGCGGCAACCCUAUGGUGCAGGUGCAAUACUUGGGGGAGACCAAGACUUUCUCACCGCAAGAAAUCUCUUCCAUGGUUCUCGUGAAGAUGAAGGAGGUCGCAGAGGUCAAGCUGGGAAAGAAAGUCUCCAAGGCUGUCAUCACCGUGCCUGCUUAUUUCAAUGACAACCAGCGACAAGCGACCAAGGAUGCCGGUGCCAUCUCCGGCCUCAACGUUCUCCGCAUCAUCAACGAACCCACCGCUGCCGCCAUCGCCUACGGUCUUGGAUCCGGCAAGUCAGACAAGGAGCGAAAUGUCCUCAUCUACGAUCUUGGUGGUGGCACCUUCGAUGUCUCUCUCUUGAACAUCCAGGGCGGUGUCUUCACGGUCAAGGCUACUGCUGGAGAUACGCAUUUGGGUGGUCAAGACUUCGACACUAACCUCCUCGAGCACUUCAAGAAAGAGUUCACGAGGAAGACCAAGAAGGACUUGUCCGGCGACGCCCGUGCUCUUCGACGACUCCGCACUGCCUGCGAACGUGCCAAGAGAACGCUGUCGAACGGUACCCAGGCCACGAUUGAGAUUGACUCUCUGUUUGACGGCGAGGAUUUCAAUGCGACCAUCACCCGUGCCCGAUUUGAGGAUCUCAACGCCAAGAUCUUCAACGGCACUCUGGAGCCUGUUCAACAAGUCCUGAAAGAUGCCGGCAUCGAGAAGUCGAAGGUCGACGAGAUUGUGCUCGUCGGUGGCUCCACCCGUAUCCCCCGUAUCCAGAAACUGCUGAGUGAUUUCUUUGACGGCAAGAAGCUGGAAAAGAGCAUCAACCCCGACGAAGCUGUCGCCUACGGUGCCGCUGUGCAGGCCGGUAUCCUGUCUGGCAAAGCCACCUCUGCUGAGACGGCCGAUCUCCUCCUCCUCGACGUUGUUCCCCUGUCUCUGGGUGUGGCUAUGGAAGGCAACAUUUUCGCUCCCGUUGUUCCUCGCGGGAACACGGUCCCAACCUUCACCACUGUAGUUGACAACCAACAAACCGUCCAGUUUCCCGUCUAUCAAGGAGAGCGGACCAACUACGCUGCUCUGGAAGUUGUGUUUGAGGUCGAUGUUAAUGGCAUCCUCAAAGUCACCGCCACGGAAAAAUCCUCGGGCCGAAGUGCCAACAUUACCAUCUCCAACGCCGUCGGCAAACUCUCCACCACCGAAAUCGAGAAGAUGGUCGAAGACGCUGCUAAGUUCAAGUCGAGCGACGAGGCAUUCACCAAGAAAUUCGAGGCGAAGCAACAACUCGAGUCUUACAUUGGUCGUGUGGAGGAGUUGAUCAACGACCCUGGGUUGUCGAUGAAGAUGAAGCGUGGGAACAAGGCCAAGAUCGAGGAGGCCUUGAGUGACGCGAUGCAACAGCUCGAGGUGGAGGACUCGACACCAGAUGACUUGAAGAAGAAGGAGCUGGCUCUGAAGAGAGCUAUGACCAAGGCCAUGGCGACGAGAUAG